CAAAUACAAAUACAUAUUUUGAGAGUUUCAUAAAAUUGCGUUGCAAAUUCGCGCUCUUUAAUUUUAUUUAUUUUUGUCGUGCAAUAUUAAUUGCUAGCAACGGCCCGCGUACGUAUGGUACGGACUCUCUUUUUUGUUGUGUUUAUCGUGCUGUGAGCUUUGCAUAUUUGCACAUAUCGACGGACAAUCGAAGUAACUAAUACAACAACAAAACCAAGAACAGCAACAACAGUUGCAACGUGUGUGCACGCAAAAAAAGACCUUGUUUAUUAUUUUUAAGACUGGUAAUAUUCGCUCUACACCCCCCCCAAUAUCUUGUGUGUUUGUGUGGGAGUGUGAGCGUGAGUGUGCGAAAUGCCUAAGCGCGGCGGUGGCGGCGGCAGUCAACGUUAUAACAACAAUGCUGGCAAUGGAAGCGGCAGCGGGGGCGGCGGCAGUGGUGGAUCACGUUUUUCUGCUUUGAAAGAUUAUGAUGAUGAUGAUCAUCAGCGUCGCAAGGAUCGCAACAAGCGCCGCGUCAGCUUCAAGACAUCACAGUUUCCACACAAAAGUGAUGUGAAGCUACGCUUACAGGAUGUCCGUCGCUGGGACGAGGACGAUGAUAUGAGCGAAAUGACAACCACUAUCAAGGAUCGCCCAAGCUCGCGUCGUCGCGGCUCACCAAUUCCACGUGGUAAAUUUGGCAAACUAGUGCCCAAUGGUGCUGGCUGGUAUCAAGUGACCAUACAAAAUGGCCAGAUCUAUGAGAAGGAGACGCUGCUGCGUGCUCUACUGGCUGCUAUGUCGCCGCACGUUUUCAUCCCUCAAUAUUGGCGUACGGAGCGCCACUGCGUCAUCUUCUUCACGGAUGACUUUGAGGUGGCUGAGCGCAUACAGCAGCUGGGAAGGCACGCACAGUUGCCGGAUGGCUUUCGACUGAUGCCACGCGUGCGCAGCGGCGUGCCCUUGGUUACCAUUGACGAGGACUUCAAGGCCAAAAUGAAGGCGGUGAUGGCCAAGCGCUACAAUUUACAGACCAAGGCACUGGAUCUGUCCCGUUUCCAUGCCGAUCAAGAUCUGAAGCCGUUCUUUUGUCCACUGUUCCGGGUGAAUGUGAUGAGCGCAGCACUGGACAUCAUUUGCGAUAAUAUACCCGAUCUGGAGGCAAUCAAUCUCAAUGAUAACAAUAUGUCCACCAUGGAAUCGUUCAAGGGCGCCGACAAGCGCUUGCCGCAUCUCAAGAUCCUUUAUCUAGGCGACAACAAUCUACCGUCGCUGGCUCAUCUUUUGGUCUUUCGCAAUUUGCCGAUUAUUGAGUUGGUCUUGCGCAAUAAUCCAUGCCGUUUGCGCUACAAGGAUCCACAGCAAUUUGUCAGUGAAGUACGCCGUAAAUUCCCAAAAAUCCUGAAACUGGAUGGGGAAACGCUGCCGCCGCAGGUCCAUUUCGAUUUGAACGAAUCGUCGGUGCUGCCACCGGCCAAGGCAUCCUUCUUAUGCGACAGCGCUGGCGCCGAUGUGGUGCGCCAAUUCCUGGAUCAAUACUUUAGCAUUUUCGAUUCGGAUAAUCGCCAGCCGCUGCUGGAUGCGUAUCACGAGCAUGCAAUGCUCUCGAUAUCGAUGCCCUCGGUCAGCCAGUCGGGCAGUAGACUGAAUAACUUCUGGAAAUUCAAUCGCAAUCUACGACGCCUAAACAGCGAACGUGAAGAUUUACGCAUACGCCUUUUGAAGAGCGGACGACUUGCCUGUGUGUCCACACUGGACGAAUGGCCACGUACACUGCACGAACGUCGCACUUUCACGGUCGACCUGACCAUAUACAAUCCCCAAAUGAUGUUAUUCACGGUGACCGGAUUGUUCAAGGAGCUAACUGGCGAUACGAGCGCUGGUACGCCCAGCAACAUGCAGGCCUACGAGCUGCGCCACUUUAUGCGCACCUUUGUGGUGGUGCCACAGAACUCGGGCUUUUGCAUUCGCAACGAGACGAUCUUCCUAAACAGUGCCACUUGCGAGCAGACACGCGAAUUCAAGCGCACACAGCAUCAGCCAGCGCCAGGCGCCGAUAUGGCCGUUGGCCUAACACCGAUCGGGGCAGCAGCCGUGGCCGAGGGAUCAAUACAGAAUCGUUUGCAACCGAGCCAGGCAGUGCCUGGCGCACCUGUUGCCCUGCUGGCAACACCGUCUCCAUCGAAUCCAACUGCCGUGCCCGCUGGCGGCAAUGCGGCUGCCCUCAACGAUGCCACCAAAAUGCAAAUGGUGCAAGCGAUGAGUGCACAAAGUCAAAUGAAUCUGGACUGGAGUCGCAAAUGCUUAGAGGAGACGAAUUGGGACUUCAACCAUGCCGCCUUUGUGUUCGAGAAACUGUUCAAGGAAAACAAAAUUCCGCCCGAGGCUUUCGUCAAAUAAGUAGCCCAAGAGAAUACACACGCACACGCACCUAUACACCUUCCCAAAACACCAACCAAUACAACACACCCACGCACAUAUAUGCAGUUUGAAUAGCAAUAAUAAUAUCCACAUCAUUUUAAGGAUAAGCCGGCCUAUAAUACCACACAAGAUUUGGGCAUGUUCAAGAAAAGCCCUCACACAAUAACACACAAGAUUAAAUUAGGGCAUUUUCCGUUUGUUAAUCAUUUCUCUUUCUUUUUUUUUUAUAUAUAUAUAUAUUUCUGUGUAAUUUACAUUUUAAGCUGAUAUACAGGAAUUCUAGCGAGGUUUCUGAAUGCUUGUGAAUUCUAUUAUAUCACAUGGAAUUGUUUGAUUGUUUCCAAUUUGUUAAUCUUUCCUAAAUUACACGAAUUAUUCAAGUGUAUUUAGAACAUUUACGAAAACUUUUCGAGAAUUGCUAAAAAUUAGAAGAUGUCAACACACACAUAUAUACACAUACACACACUUCUACAUAAAAUAUAAUUCUUAUAAAAAUAAACUUAGCUGCAUUGAAAAAAAAGAAUAAUAAUAAUAAUAAUAAUAAUAAUAAAGAAAUGAGAGCAACAAUUUUCUUAGGUCCUUGUAAAAAGUUAUAGAAAAAUUUUUAUUUAUCGACUUUGGUCAUGCAACAAAAAAGAAGAAGAAAAGAGCGAAAGUUAUAAUUUUUGAUUUCGUUUUUUGCAAAUCUUUUUUUUUUUAACUAGAAGUUUAGUAAGUACAGAAACACGAUAUAUAUAAGCUGGUAGCAUUAAUAUACCAUAAUAUCUAUACAAAUAUAUAUAUAUAUAUGUAUAUGUAUGUUUAUAUAUAUAUAUAUAUUUGUAUAUAUAUGUAUAUGUCUAUAUAUAAAAGUCUCUUGAAUUAAAUGGCAAACCAGAGAAAACGUAUUAGCUUGUAAGCGUAAAACUUUAGUCUAAAUCAUUCUUAAUUAUAAAUCGUCUAAGAAAUAAAUAUACAUGUUUAUGUAAAAA